AUGGACUUUCGUCAGAAACCUAUAUUUCACAAACUAAAGUCUUCUGGAUGGGACUAUAUCAAAUGGUAUGCAGACUCAGCAAAGUUAGUUCCUGGUUGUACAAAUCCUUUGAUUUUAGCUGCACAACAAUGUCCAAACAUGGACGUAAUCAAAUUAAAAGUGGCUGUCGUCCUAAUGAUACCUUUAAUAGAUUUUUCCAAUAAAACAUUUGAUUUCUUAAGUCUACACAGUAUGAUAGAAACUGUUGAACAAAACCGUGAUGGCUUUUUAAAGGAAGUUUUUCAUGAAUACAGAUCGUUUUCGAAUUUUGAUAUUAAUGAUUCUAAAACGACCUCGUUCAGUGUAAAAUUAGGUUGUUAUGAAAACGACGGAAUGUUUAUGCUAAUUAAUGCUUCCUCUGGUCUCUCAUCCGAUCUUAGUUGAAAUAGGUGGAUUAGGUGAGUAUCGCACAAAUAUUAUAAAUUAUGUGUUGUAUAUUUCUUUUCCAUUUCUUUCUCACUGUCCAAAGUUAAAUGUAUUUCGGUUUUUGACUUCCUCAUCAUCCUGUCUCAAACUUUAUUGUGAAUGUAUAUUAGGAAAGGGUUUUUAUGUAAAACUGACUUGUAUGUCCUACAGUUUAGUGGAAAAAUUGUAGUCCGAUAUUGAUAUAAUAUUUAUUAUUCACCUAAUAUCAUUGGACACAAUAUAAUGUUUCUAGACUAUAUUCGUGGGUUCUUAUUGAUAUGUAAGGGGACGUUGUAUUGUCUCGAGUUUUUCAACAGACACUAAACUUUAUUCCUUGAAUCUAGUCGGCAUCACGAUUCCGUCAUGAAUUGUUUAUAAGUAGUACUGAAAUAUUUGAUUUUUAUAGGGUUGGGAUGAGCUUGUUUUAACAUUUACUCUAUACGAGAUGACCAAUUAGAAUUGUUUCAAUCAACGUACAUUCUUCAGGUUUCUCAAUGACAUUUGUGCAUUGGUCUAUUACAUAUGACUUUAUUCUAUAGUAAACGAGCCUUACUUAAUUGAACUUCCUAAAUGAGAUCGUAAGACAAAGCGUAAGCGUUUUAAGUUAAUACUAAAUAUUUUAUCAUAUCUCCAACUAUCAAAUCUCACUGCUCUUGUAAUCCAUCGACUAAUUAUGUUACUUAUACUUAGAAAUAUAUAACUGUCGUGAUCUUGUCCAUUUUUUUCUUACAAACAUAAUUUUCUAAAUAAACAAAUGUAAUUUUAAUAGUUGAGAUCAUGAGUUAGUUGAAGCUAGACCACCAUGGAAAACCUGGAAGCACUAGCUGGCCGUUUCAUCCUAUUGUGUGACUUCUCAGCAGUGCUCAUUCGCGAUAUUCGAACCCACGAUCUAUCGGUAUCGCGCGCGAACGCCUAACCACUAGACCACUGAGCCGGCCUCCAACAGUGUUAAUGUUUAACUUCAACUAAUCCACGAAAUUGAGCGAAACAUCCACCAUUGUUUUCUGUGAGUUACUAUCUCACAAUAGACCCAACUGAACUCCACUGGUUACUGCUUCUCACUAGAAAUCCAGGAAAUACCUCUUGAAGCCAGUCACUAGUGAGCAUAUGUUGAGUAGUAUCAGGUUUUUCUUGUGGGUAUUAUAGUAAUUUUAAUAGUUAAGAUCAUGAAUCAAUUGAACGAAACGGCCAACCAGUGCUUCCAGGUUUUUCAUGGUGGUCUAGCUUCAUUUGACUCGAACUCAACUAUUAAAAUUAAUAUAAUAUCCACAGGAAACGCCUUCUGAUAUUAAAAAAAUGUAAGUUGUACGAUAAAAAUCACUAGACAAUUUACCGAGUAAAGAAUCGCUUAAUGUCUUACACUUUUACAUAUUUUUAAAUUUCCUCUGUUCAAUUUUGAUUUUAUAUUUGUGCGAAAAGUAUGAGUAUAUAUUCUCAUUAUUAUCAGGAUGCGAUGCAUCCGAAUGAGUAACAAGGAUCUUUUUAUUCCAAACUCUUUAGAUGGAAGAAUAUAAUGAUCGUGUCGCUAAUUAGUCAUACACAGGUUUGUAUGAUCGACUUUGGGGCUCUUGUUUCGUUAAUUUCGUAUGAAGAUAUGUAAUAUUAAUCGGUUCUUCAGUUGAUGUUAGUCAGUAGUGAAAAUGACCUUUAAAUUACUCAAUGUAGGCAGUGUCUGUCAUUGAAAGGCGUACCUCAAAAGUACAUAAACCUUGUGACGGCUCUUUACUUGGGCACUACUAGACGAGUCAGAGCUUAUGGCGAACUG